AUGCGCUCAUCUAUUAUCGCAACUUUCGUAUGUCUACUGGCAUUUGGGCAGUCUGUAAGAGCAUGUACACGAAGCGAAGAUUGCUGUUGGGGCGGAAAUGAUGGCGGCGAAAAUGGAUGUAACAACCAGCAUUCUGGUUGGCCCUGGGCAAAUCCUUGCCAUCGCGAUAGUUACAAAGUCGAUUUCUGCGAGAACAAUGGUGUCAGCACUUAUCUUUGUGAUGCCGACUGUUGUACUAUUAGCACUCAGAAGGGGCGACCUUGCCCAUAA